AUGCGGACGUUACAUAAAUUAUGUUCACAUUCAUCCAUUGUUGUACACCACUCUUGCGAAAUUUCUCACUCCCAAGUGAGUGAGAACUAAACAGUACUCCUUCCAAGUAGCAGCAGGGUAGCACAGACGAUCAAGAAGAUCUUAGAAACCGACAACAAUGGGUUUCACCAUGGGUCUAAACUUGCUCCUCCUCCUAGCCAUGGUUGCCACCAACAUUCUCUCCCUCUACCACCUCUCCUCCACCAUCCAAUCCAAACCCCCGGCCGCCGCCCCUGUUCCGGACCACCUCAUCCACCAGCUCUCCACCAUACGCGCCACCAUCAAUCACCUCACCAGCCUCCAGCCCUCCAAGAAAACACCCUCCACUGCUGCCCCCGCCGCCCCCUCUGAUCUCCUCAUCUACACUCAUAUUUCCCCUAUAGCCUCCUCCUGCAAAGACAACCCAGCGCUCCUCCAUCAGUACAUGAACUAUACUCCCUUUGCCCUCUGCCCCAACGACUCCCCCUUGGCGGAAGAUCUCAUUCUCCGCGGCUGCCACCCGCUCCCCCGCCGCCGCUGCUUCUCAAGAACCCCUUCCACCACUCCGACCUCGCUUCCCACCGAUCCAUUUUCUCCCCUCCCUGAAAAGACAGCCAUACUGAGCCAUUACAGUUGCAAGACUUUCUCCUGCUUCGCCGGAUUGAAAUCUGAUAUGGGCUUUGACAUGAAAGUUGAGAAAUCAAGAUUCUUGACUUACAAAUCGGAUCUAGAUCUCCCAAUUUCUCAGCUUUUUGAGCUGGCUAAAUCAGCUAAAAGCGUCAUCAGGCUUGCACUUGAUAUUGGUGGUGGGACUGGCACUUUUGCUGCGCAAAUGAAGCUGCAGAACGUGACUGUUCUAACCACUACAAUGAAUCUUGGUGCACCGUAUAAUGAGGCAGUGGCAGUUAGGGGUUUAGUGCCACUCCAUGCGCCAUUACAGCAGAGGCUGCCGGUGUUUGAUGGGGUAUUGGAUCUGGUCCGGUGCGGCCACGCGGUUAACCGGUGGAUUCCAGUUACAUCAAUGGAAUUCUUGUUCUUUGAUGUGGAUAGAGUGUUGAGAGGUGGGGGAUAUUUCUUGCUGGACCAUUUUUUCAGUAAAAGAACGGAUCUUGAGAAGGUGUUUACACCCUUGAUUGGGAAGCUGGGGUACAAGAAGGUGAAGUGGGCUGUGGCCAAUAAGACCGAUUCCAGCGGGGUGAAGAAUGGGGAGGUGUAUUUGACUGCCCUCUUGCAGAAGCCACUGUCUAGAUGAAACUCCGUUUAAGGGACAUUGCGAGAGCUUAUUUUGCAUGAUUUUACAAGAUUCAUACCUCCACUCUGUCUUCCCCUUUUUGGGUUAGAUAUAUAGCAGCAGCUUUUUGAUGUGGAAAAAGGCAUUGUAGAUUUAGAGGACAGCAUAAGGCAGCGCAGUUGAUGGAGCAUUAUUACAAAACACACAAGUGCAGGAGGCCCCCAUUUUCUGUGAAAUGUGAAGUUUAAUCACUGUAACUUCAUUUGUAAAACUUGUUACUACUGUCAGUUCCCAUAAGAUCACGGGAAGCAGAUCAGCCAGCAGUAGCAGUGUCAUUGUGCCCAACUGUUUUGAGUUUUCAAAUUACUAGUCAUGGCUCAUACCUGCCAUUGCAA